CUGUUUCCGAAAGUGCUGGGAUUACAGGCAUGAGCCGCUGCGCCCGGCCUCAAAUUUGUAAACUUUUAAAAACAUUAUGAGAUUUUUGUGUGUGUUAUUUAUUUACUUAUUUAUUUAAGCUCAGCAGCUAUCGUUAGUAUUAGUGUGUUUUAUGGGUGGCCCAAGACAUUUCUUCUUCCAGUGUGCCCCAGGGAGGUCAAAAGAUUGGACACUCCUGGUCUAAGCUAAAAGACUUAGGUGUACAUAGGUAUUGGGAUCUCCCUGUAUUUAGGAGUUUUGCAAAAUCUGGAUGCAGCCUAGAACAUUCGCUGAUACAAAAGGAGUGCAUUGCAGGGAUGUAAGAGCAGCUUAGAAUUGAAAUACUUAUUUUCUAGGUUAGUCGUCUAUGGAACAUCGUGGAAGUAAAAUUCUAAGGUUGUAGACCUUACACUCAAUGAACCAGUCAUGUAUGAGAAAUUGAUGGGUACUUUUCCUAUUUUCAGAGCUUAGCCUUGUCAACAAGGGGAAAGAAACACUAAGAAAACAGAAUUUUUAACUCAGGUUAGAAGAUAAGCUUCAACAGUAAGAAGAAAGCAUAACCCAUAGACCAUCUUCUGGCAGAAGAUGAUACAUUUGGAUCAGAAACGGGAGGCAUUGGAAGCCAGGAAUCAAAAGUGAAGAAACUCUGCAAGCCCUUAGGUUCCUAUUACUGUAACCAUGCCAGAAAUGACAGAGAAUGAGACGCCUACAAAAAAGCAGCACAGAAAGAAAAACCGGGAGACACACAAUGCAGUGGAGAGGCAUAGAAAGAAGAAAAUCAAUGCUGGGAUAAACAGAAUAGGAGAGCUGAUCCCAUGUUCUCCUGCCCUGAAGCAGAGCAAGAAUAUGAUCCUGGACCAAGCCUUUAAAUAUAUAACAGAAUUGAAAAGGCAAAAUGAUGAACUCCUGCUUAAUGGAGGAAACAAUGAACAAGCUGAAGAAAUAAAAAAGCUACGGAAACAACUGGAAGAAAUCCAAAAAGAAAAUGGCCGAUAUAUUGAAUUACUGAAAGCUAAUGACAUAUGCUUAUAUGAUGACCCCACAAUUCACUGGAAAGGAAAUCUUAAAAACUCAAAGGUCUCUGUUGUUAUUCCUAGUGACCAGGUUCAAAAAAAUAUCAUUGUUUAUUCCAACGGGAAUCAGCCUGGUGGAAACAGCCAGGGAACAGCUGUUCAGGGGAUAACUUUUAAUGUUAGUCAUAAUUUACAAAAGCAGACUGCCAAUGUGGUGCCAGUACAGAGGACUUGCAAUCUUGUGACUCCUGUAUCUAUUUCUGGAGUUUACCCUUCUGAAAACAAGCCAUGGCAUCAGACCACAGUUCCUGCAUUGGCUACCAACCAGCCUGUUCCUCUUUGUCUUCCUGCUGCCAUUUCUGCUCAGAGUAUUCUCGAGCUUCCCACCUCUGAAAGCGAAUCAAAUGUGCUUGGUGCCACAAGUGGCUCACUGAUUGCUGUUUCAAUUGAAUCUGAGCCUCACCAACAUCAUUCUUUGCACACAUGUCUAAAUGAUCAAAAUUCUUCUGAAAAUAAGAAUGGACAAGAGAACCCCAAAGUAUUGAAGAAAAUGACCCCUUGUGUUACAAACAUCCCCCACAGCUCCUCAGCAACUGCCACUAAAGUGCACCAUGGAAACAAGUCCUGCCUGAGCAUACAGGACUUCAGAGGUGAUUUUCAAAACACUUUUGUUGUUUCAGUUACCACCACAGUCUGCUCGCAGCCUCCCAGAACUGCAGGUGAUUCUUCUCCAAUGAGCAUUAGUAAGAGUGCAGACUUGACAAGUACAGCUACAGUGGUGGCAUCAUCUGCCCCUGGAGUAGGGAAGGCCACCAUUCCUAUAAGCACUCUUUCGGGAAACCCUUUGGACAAUGGUUGGACUCUUUCUUGUUCUUUGCCUUCUUCAAGUGUUAGUACUUCAGAUUUGAAAAACAUUAAUAGCCUUACACGAAUUUCUUCAGCUGGAAACACACAGACAACGUGGACUACUUUGCAACUGGCGGGAAACACUAUUCAGCCCUUAAGCCAGACACCAUCUUCUGCUGUGACUCCAGUAUUAAAUGAGUCUGGUACUAGCCCCACCACAAGCAACCACAGUAGACAUGUGGCUACAGGAAUCAACUUGAAUAAUUCCUUUCCAGCAGAUGGGCAGCCAGUUGAGCAAGUAGUUGUAACAUUGCCUUCUUGUCCAUCUUUACCUAUGCAGCCACUAAUUGCCCAGCCACAAGUUAAAUCUCAGCCUCCCAAAAAUAUCCUUCCACUGAAUUCAGCAAUGCAAGUGAUUCAGAUGGCUCAGCCAGUCGGGUCAGCUGUUAAUGCAGCUCCAACUAAUCAAAAUGUUAUAAUUCUUCAGCCACCUAGCACCACCCCAUGCCCAACAGUGAUGAGGGCAGAAGUUCCCAACCAAACAGUAGGUCAACAGAUAGUAAUCAUACAGGCUGCUAAUCAGAAUCCUUUGCCACUCCUCCCUGCUCCACCUCCUGGUUCUGUUCGACUCCCCAUCAAUGGAGCCAAUACUGUAAUAGGGUCUAAUAAUUCAGUGCAAAAUGUUCCAACACCACAGACUUUUGGAGGAAAGCAUCUUGUCCACAUAUUACCAAGACCUUCAUCUUUAUCAGCGUCUAACUCAACACAAACUUUUUCUGUUACCAUGUCAAACCAACAGCCUCAAACCAUUUCUUUAAAUGGACAGCUCUUUGCUUUGCAGCCUGUGAUGUCUUCAUCAGGAACUACAAAUCAAACCCCUAUGCAAAUUAUUCAACCCACCACCAGCGAAGAUCCAAAUACCAAUGUUGCCCUGAAUACAUUUGGUGCUUUGGCCAGCCUCAAUCAAAGCAUAUCACAGAUGGCUGGGCAAAGCUGUGUACAAUUGUCUAUUAGCCAGCCUGCCAAUUCUCAAACUGUUGCAAAUAGUCAAACCACUACAGCUAACUGUGUUUCAUUAACAACAACUGCAGCACCUCCUGUGACAACAGAUAGUUCAGCCACACUAGCUAGUACUUAUAAUCUAGUGAGUACUUCCUCAAUGAACACUGUUGCUUGUUUGCCUAACAUGAAAUCUAAAAGGUUGAAUAAGAAGCCAGGUGGCAGGAAACACUUAGCAGCAAACAAGUCAGCAUGUCCCCUGACUUCAGUCAGAGAUGUGAGCAAGUUAGACUGCCCCAACACUGAAGGCUCAGCAGAGCCACCCUGUAAUGAUGGACUGCUAGAAAGCUUCCCUGCUGUGUUACCAUCUGUCUCUGUGUCCCAGGCAAAUAGUGUGAGUGUUUCUGCUUCACAUUCUUUGGGUGUUCUAAACUCUGAAUCAUUAAUACCUGAGUCUGUAUCGAAAUCUAAGUCAGCAGAAAAGUCCAGCCCACCCUCCCAAGAAUCUGUAACAAGUGAACAUUUUGCAAUGGCCGCAGCAAAAUCCAAAGAUUCUACCCCUAAUCUACAACAAGAGACAUCUCAGGAUAAACCACCAAGUAGUUUAGCAUUAUCAGAUGCUGCCAAACCCUGCGCUUCAGCCAAUGUAUUGAUUCCAUCUCCAAGUGAUCCUCACAUUUUGGUUUCUCAGGUUCCUGGUUUGUCAUCUACAGCAAGCACUACAAGUACUGACUGUGGUUCUGAGGUAGAAAUCAUUGCUGAACCUUGCAGAGUUGAGCAAGAUUCAUCAGAUACAAUGCAAACCACAGGUCUCUUAAAGGGGCAAGGUUUAACUACAUUGCUAUCUGAUCUUGCUAAAAAAAAAAACCCUCAGAAAUCAUCUCUUUCUGAUCAGAUGGAUCAUCCUGACUUUUCUUCAGAAAAUCCUAAAAUAGUUGAUUCAAGUGUGAAUUUACAUCCUAAACAGGAACUAUUACUGAUGAACAACGAUGAUAGAGAUCCUCCACAGCAUCAUUCUUGCCUCCCUGAUCAAGAGGUUAUUAAUGGUUCUUUGAUCACCGGUAGACAGGCUGACUCUCCCAUGUCAACCAGCUCUGGCAGUAGUCGUAGUUUCUCAGUUGCAUCCAUGCUUCCUGAAACAACAAGAGAAGAUGUGACCAGCAAUGCAACAACUAAUACAUGUGACAGCUGUACCUUUGUAGAGCAAACUGAUAUAGUAGCUCUUGCAGCAAGAGCUAUUUUUGACCAGGAGAACCUUGAGAAGGGAAGAGUUGGCCUCCAGGCUGAUAUAAGGGAAGUUGCUUCAAAGCCUUCUGAAGCAUCAUUGUUAGAGGGAGACCCACCCUUCAAAUCACAGAUACCUAAAGAGAGUGGCACAGGACAGGCAGAAGCAACACCAAAUGAAUUUAAUUCUCAGGGUUCAAUUGAAGCAACUAUGGAGAGGCCCCUUGAAAAACCAAGUUGUUCUCUAGGAAUUAAAACAUCAAAUGCAUCUUUACAGGAUUCAACUUCUCAGCCACCAAGCAUCACCAGUUUAAGCGUGAAUAAUCUUAUCCAUCAGAGCAGCAUCAGCCAUCCUCUGGCCAGCUGUGCGGGUUUAUCCCCAGCUUCAGAGCAAACAACUGUGCCUGCAACGGUUAAUCUGACCGUUUCAUCUAGCUCCUAUGGCAGUCAACCUCCUGGACCAUCUCUGAUGACUGAAUAUUCCCAAGAACAGCUAAGUACUAUGACUAGUACCAUACCAAAUUCACAGAUUCAAGAGCCACUCUUAAAGCCAAGCCAUGAAAGCCGUAAGGAUUCUGCUAAGCGUGCUGUCCAAGAUGACCUUUUACUGUCUUCAGCUAAACGUCAAAAGCACUGUCAGCCAGCCCCCCUCAGGCUUGAAAGUAUGUCCCUGAUGAGCAGAACUCCAGACACCAUUUCUGACCAAACUCAAAUGAUGGUCAGUCAGAUCCCUCCUAAUUCUUCAAACUCAGUUGUGCCUGUUAGCAACCCAGCUCAUGGAGAUGGCCUUACACGAUUAUUUCCACCUAGUAACAACUUUGUGACUCCUGCAUUGAGGCAAACUGAAGUUCAGUGUGGUUCUCAGCCUUCAGUUGCUGAACAGCAGCAAACCCAGGCAAAUCAGCAUCUACAGGCCCUGCAGCAGCAUGUUCCAGCUCAAGGUGUAUCUCACCUUCAUAGUAACCAUCUCUACAUAAAGCAGCAGCAGCAGCAACAACAACAACAAGCAGGGCAGUUAAGAGAGAGGCAUCACUUAUAUCAAAUGCAGCAUCAUGUACCUCAUGCAGAGAGCUCUGUCCACUCUCAGCCCCAUAAUGUCCACCAACAGAGGACUCUGCAACAGGAAGUUCAGAUGCAGAAAAAGAGGAAUCUUGUUCAGGGCACCCAGACCUCUCAGCUUUCCUUACAACCGAAGCACCAUGGAACUGACCAAUCCCGAUCCAAGAGUGGCCAGCCACAUCCCCACCAUCAGCAGAUGCAGCAACAAAUGCAGCAACACUUUGGAAGCUCCCAGACAGAGAAGAGCUGUGAAAACCCUUCAACUAGUCGGAACCAUCAUAACCAUCCCCAGAACCAUCUCAAUCAAGAUAUUAUGCACCAACAGCAGGAUGUUGGAAGCAGACAGCAAGGUUCAGGGGUUUCAUCUGAACAUGUAUCUGGCCAUAAUCCAAUGCAGAGGCUUUUGACAUCAAGAGGCUUAGAGCAGCAAAUGGUGUCCCAACCAAGUAUUGUGACUAGAUCUUCAGACAUGACCUGUACUCCACACAGGCCAGAGAGAAAUAGAGUUUCAAGUUAUUCUGCUGAGGCACUCAUUGGAAAGACAUCUUCUAAUUCAGAGCAGAGAAUGGGGAUAUCAAUUCAGGGUUCCAGAGUUUCAGAUCAACUUGAAAUGAGAAGCUAUCUUGAUGUUCCCAGAAAUAAGAGUUUGGCUAUUCAUAAUAUGCAGGGUCGUGUGGACCAUACUGUAGCCUCAGAUAUCCGCCUUUCUGAUUGUCAGACGUUUAAACCAAGUGGAGCUAGUCAACAGCCCCAGAGUAAUUUUGAAGUACAGUCUUCAAGAAACAAUGAAAUAGGUAACCCUGUAUCAUCAUUGCGGAGUAUGCAGUCCCAGGCUUUUCGAAUUAGUCAAAACACUGGCCCCCCACCAAUUGACCGUCAAAAGAGAUUACCUUACCCACCAGUUCAGAGCAUCCCAACAGGAAAUGGUAUUCCAUCAAGGGACAGUGAAAAUACUUGUCACCAAAGUUUCAUGCAGAGCUUACUUGCCCCUCACCUCAGUGAUCAGGUCAUUGGGAGCCAGAGGUCACUCUCAGAACAUCAGAGGAAUACACAGUGUGGUCCAUCCUCUGCAAUUGAAUAUAAUUGUCCCCCAACUCAUGAAAAUGUCCAUAUUAGAAGAGAGAGUGAGAGUCAGAAUAGGGAAAGUUGUGACAUGUCGUUAGGUGUAAUUAACACCAGGAACAGCACCUUGAAUAUUCCCUUUUCAAGUUCCUCUUCCUCAGGAGAUAUUCAAGGUCGAAACACAAGCCCCAAUGUUUCUGUACAGAAAUCCAAUCCCAUGAGGAUUACUGACAGUCAUGCGACCAAGGGCCACAUGAACCCUCCAGUCACAACCAACAUGCAUGGGGUUGCAAGGCCAGCGUUGCCACAUCCAUCUGUGUCUCAUGGAAAUGGCGAUCAAGGCCCUGCUGUACGUCAAGCUAAUUCUUCAGUUCCCCAGAGAUCAAGGCAUCCCCUGCAAGACAGCAGUGGUUCCAAAAUUCGUCAGCCUGAAAGGAAUCGUUCUGGAAACCAAAGGCAAAGUACUGUCUUUGAUCCAAGUCUUCCCCAUCUUCCUCUCUCUACUGGUGGCAGUAUGAUUCUUGGACGUCAACAACCUGCUACAGAGAAGAGAGGAAGUAUUGUUCGUUUCAUGCCUGAUAGCCCACAAGUACCUAAUGAUAAUUCAGGUCCUGACCAGCAUACACUAUCACAAAAUUUUGGUUUUUCUUUUAUUCCUGAGGGUGGCAUGAAUCCACCAAUAAAUGCUAAUGCUUCUUUCAUUCCACAGGUUACUCAGCCUAGUGCCACUCGAACUCCAGCCCUCAUCCCGGUAGAUCCACAAAAUACUCUGCCCUCCUUCUAUCCUCCAUACUCUCCUGCUCAUCCUACACUGUCCAAUGAUAUUUCAAUCCCCUAUUUUCCUAAUCAGAUGUUCUCAAAUCCUAGCACAGAGAAGGUAAACAGUGGAAGUUUAAAUAACCGAUUUGGAUCAAUUUUAUCUCCUCCCAGACCUGUUGGGUUUGCUCAACCAAGUUUUCCUCUUCUCCCAGAUAUGCCACCAAUGCACAUGACCAACUCUCACUUAUCCAAUUUUAAUAUGACAUCUUUGUUUCCAGAAAUAGCUACAGCGCUUCCUGAUGGCUCAGCAAUGUCACCUUUGCUUACAAUAGCAAAUUCCUCUGCCUCUGACUCUUCCAAGCAGUCCUCAAACAGACCUGCCCAUAACAUAAGCCAUAUUCUAGGUCAUGAUUGCAGUUCAGCUGUUUAAAUACUGAUAAACGAAAUGUAAAGGUAAUGAGUGAGAUUACAAAUGUAUUUGUGCGUGCAUGCGCACAGACAUGUACAUGAAGAGAAGGAUUGUGUGUGUGUGUCUGUAUAAUCAGUUUUCAGUUAUCUUCUGAAUGUAGGGAAGCCAUGUCAGAUGCAGAUACUGGGUUGUCAGAAAACAAGUUAUCUUUCGUUUUCAACUGCAUGGUGUAUUUUUUUAUUUUCCAAGUAGAUUUACAUUUCCAAGUUGAUAUUUCCUAAAUACUAAUUAGCUGGAAAUUGGGGGAGAUCAUCUUGUCAUGUACUGGGUAGUAGGAGGGAGUCUAGACUUUAAACUUGAUUGUUGAUAACUUAUGGAAUAUGUAGUUAAGUUGCUACUGAAAAAUAUAGGCAGCUUGAUAAAACACAGUGGCUCAUAAUCAAGUGCUGGCUAAUGUCAGCAUCUAGAACAGCUUCUUACCUAUGACAGAUGUUGAACUGAUGUUGAGUUUAAUGUCCGUAGUUAAAGUCAAGCAGUUAGCAAAUAAAUAAAAGCAAUCAGCCUUUAUUCUCAAAGUUUGGUUUAGAUACAGGCUUCUUUCUAAAUUAUAACAAUCCAUAAAUUAUCUGAAUUUUAUGUCUUGUUCUUCAAAUUAGGGAGCUGUGUUAUCCUUCAAUGUGCCAAGAUUAUUUAAAGCAAAGGUCUUCCUUAGACAAUUAUUUAGCCUUAAAUAUAGAAAGCUAAAAAGUUAAGUACAUACAUAUUCUCCAUUUUGUGCUUGCAUUUUGCAUCAGGUCAUAAGGGUAAAAGCAGUUAGUUGUAUUGUGGAGUUUUGCAUGGGUGCAAUUAACAAUGGAUGUUUCAUCAACUGAGUUUAGUAUUCUCUCUUCAUUCUAUUUAUUUGGUCUUGAAAUAAAUUCUUUUGCAUUCAUUUAAAUAUUAGGAUUGAUCAGGAAAUAGUGUUUGUAAUCUACACAUUUAUUUGAGCCUUACUUUAAAAAUAUUUCUGAACAGAGAUUUAAGCUCUGUCAGUAUUUUCAUUUACUGAUAGUAUUUAUAUUUUAAAUAUGGCAUUGUAUAUUACAUUAUUAUCCUUCAUAACAGAAUUAUAAUGAGAAUAUGAAUUUGUUAUUUUUCUUGUUGGUAGAUGUGAAAUGGUGCUUCAAAAAAUAUAUAGUCUUUCUGUAUGUCUCUGUGUGUGUAAGUAUGUGUGUGUGUGUACACAUAUUUUAAAGUAUGAAUUGGUCCUUUAAAAACAGGCCUGCCAUCUGAAAAUGGGAAAUUGAGACCUGAGACCUGCUAAAGCAUAGAAGAACUUGAUAUAGGUAGGUUUUUGUUUUUUGUUUUUUGUUUUUAAAUACAUGGAGUCUGGCUCUGUUGCCCAGGCUGGAGUGCAGUGGCGCGAUCUCAGCUCACUGCAAGCUCCACCUCCUGGGUUCAAGUGAUUCUCCUGCCUCAGCCUCCUGAGUAGCUGGGACUACAGGCACGUGCCACCACACCUGGCUAAUUUUUUGUAUUUUUAGUAGAGACGGGGUUUCACUGUGUUAGCCAGGAUGGUCUUGAUCUCCUGACCUCGUGAUCCACCCGCCUCAGCCUCCCAAAGUGCCAGGAUUACAGGCAUGAGCCACCGUGCUUGGCCUAGGUACAGGUUUUUAGAAGCUCCACAGAAGUUUAUAAUACAUUUAAAAACCCACAUUAAAAUUUGAAAACUUAAAAAAAAACUAAGAAAACAAUGGCAUAUAUUCCUUUUCUUAAACCCGUGAAGUCCAUUACUUUUUGUUCUUGUUAUAUUCUGCCAAAAAUGGGAUGGGGUGGGAGAGAUGCAUAGAAAUUGUUUUAUCUGCCUUGUUAACAAAGUGAACUCAAGGACCAGCUUUUCUUUUCUUUUCUUCUUUUCUUUUCUUUUUGAGACUCUGUCACCCAGGCUGGAGUGUUGUUAGGUGCAAUUAACACCAGAAACAGCACCUUGAAUAUAUUCCUUUUUCAAGUUCCUCUUCCUCAGGAGAUAUUCAAGGUCACUUUGUCACCCAGGCUGGAGUCUACAGUGGCAGGAUCUUGGCUCACUGCAGCCUCUGCCUCCUGGGUUCAAGCAGUUCUCGAGCCUCAGCCUUCCGAGUAGCUGGGAUUACAGGUCUGUGCCACUACACCUGGCUAAUUUUUAUAUUUUUAGUAGAGACAGGGUUUCACCAUCUUGGCCAGGCUGGUCUUGAACUCCUGACAUCAGGUGAUCCACCCACCUCGGCCUCCCAAAGUCCUGGAAUUACAGGCAUGAGCCACCCCUCCCAGGCCCCCCCCCCUUUUUUUUUUAAUCCUAAAAAGCUUUCUAAGGGUUGGUCAGAGCAGUUAACUCCAGUGAAUACCUCUUCUAAAGACUCAGCAAAAGGGUCAUUUGUGCCUCUUUAACUGUUCUUACCAAACUGUCCUAUCUUUUUCUGCUGCCAACUAAGCAGCUUCCUAGGGACAAAAAAAUAUACAAUAUAUUUUUUUUCUUGCUUACAAAGCAAGAACAACCUGUAUUUUCUUCCUUCAAAAUGGUCUUGGGGAAGAGUAGGAGAGCUUCAUGAAUAAGUUACUCAAGACAACAGAUAAACACAGUAAGUCAAAACUUUUUAUUGAGGAAAAAUGUGGCAUUUAUGACUUGCUUUUUAAUUCUCUUAACUGAAUUUUAAGCUGCAACGUUCAAAUUUUUCUUUGUACUUGAAAGGUCCAGUCUGCCAAUUUCAAGAAGGACAGUUUUCUAUGUGUUUGGCUAUUCAUUUCCCUCUCUCCCUCUCAUCUGUCUGUCUCUCACUGCCUCUGUAUCUGUCUCUCAUACACACACACAGACACACACACACACACAGUCACUCUCUCACUCUCUCUCUCUCUCUCUCUCUCCCUCCCUCCCUCCCUCCCUCCCUCCCUCCAGUGGCUGUUAAGUUCUGAAGGACUGGGGACUGCUAGACAUAAUUGAAAGUAAGGUAACAGGCUAAGGAGAAGCUCAAUUUGAACAUUGCCAUGUAAAGGCCUCAAAGCCUGUGACUUUCAAGUAUUUCUGUUGCAUUAAUUGUAUUUUCCUGCUUAGCUGUGUUCAGACAUAGUAUUUGCAUUUCUUGGAGCUUUCAUUCCAACAGUCUAACAUUUUGAUCUUGAAAGAGUCUCAAUAAGCCUUAUUUGACCAUCUGAGGAAAAAUGUGACCAUCUGUGAAUAAUUGGCUCCUGCUUACGUGUAGCUCUCAUUACUUUACAGAUGUAUGCAUGUGUGUGUAAGACUUCAGUUCAUACAUGGCUUAAUUCUGAAAGUGUUCAGACCAUAGUACCCUUAUUUGAUUUAAAAGCAUGAAUAUAUGAGAUUUACUAGCAGUAUUAAGUAUUUGAUAAUUAGAGCUACGUGAUUUUUGGGAAGAAGUUUGUUAUAUGGUAUGUAGUGUUAAUCUGGAUGUAAUUUUUGGUAAAGGGAUGGCAGAAAACAUAGUCAAUUUUGGUUAUAAUAAAUGUAACCUUAUUCUUGGCCUGCUCCAUGUCAAAUAGGGCUCAGGGAAGCUGGUCAUUUCCUUAGCGGGAUGAUUACUCCUUUGCCUUGAAACAUUUAUUGGGCCCACCAUGUAUGGAUCAGCGUGUGGUAGUAAGUCAUACUCCCAAAUCAGUGAUUCCCAAGUCUUGGCUUUGGGAACCAGUAUGCCUCGUAUUGUCUUAAAGAGCAACAAGAAUUUCUUGAAACAAAAUUAGUUCAAAAUUGAUUUAAAUUUUUUAACUUCUGGAAAUACACGAAGUUAUGUCUGAGUCAUGAGUGACAGUCAUUGAUUAAAUCAUUUCUCUGUCUCUUUUUUAGCAUCAUUGAUCACAGAAUCAGUUAUAAAAAGUGGUUGAUUCCUUUCAACAUUUAACAAUAACUUCUAAUGAAGGGAAAAAUUCCAGAUUCUCUUCAUGCGUAAACAUUUAAUGUGUCAAUCAUAGAUGAAAGGAAUCUAGUUUGAUGUUGUUUCUUUCUUUUUUUUGGAAAAUACAAGUUUCUCUGGGAUGGCUUAUAUGUUGUUUUAUACCGGUUCAGGAAAUUUAUUUUUGUUUUUAUUGUAAGACCUUUUGGGGUACCAGAGAUGGCACCUUUUUUCUAGGUAAGGUGUAGGAAUUCCUCAAUGGUCUUGCUUCGUAAAAUUUAACAUAUCAGAACUGGGGAAAGAGAAAGGAGGGGAUUAUUUUUUUGCAGCAUUUUCCAGUCACAUAUCAGGGUUAUACUGAACUGCGACAAAGAUCAACUUUUCAAAAUUAGCCUUCUUAAAAUACAAAAUGAUUUAAGUAUUUUAAAGAUAAUUUAUUUGCCUUGCUCUUGCCUUCUAACAUUAGCCAUUUCAUGGAGAGGCUAAAACUUAUACUCCAAAAAAUGUGGAAGCACAUUUUAAUGGGAGUAAAAUUAAAAAAUUUUGAGAAAGGGUAAAAUCUUAUGAAUAUGCAUCUUCUUAGCUUUAUCUUCCCUUUGAUAGGUAGGCACUUAUGCUCUUCCAUCUGCUCCAUGUCAAAUAGGGCUCAGGGAAGCCGGUCAUUUCCUUAGCGGGAUGAUUACUCCUUUGCCUUGAAACAUUUAUUGGGCCCACCAUGUAUGGAUCAGCGUGUGGUAGUGAGUCAUACUCCCAAAUCAGUGAUUCCCAAGUCUUGGCUUUGGGAACCAGUAUGCCUCGUAUUCUCUUAAAAAGCAACAAUAAUUUCUUGAAACAAAAUUAGUUCAGAAUUGAUUUAAAAUACUUCAAUGUGCCAUAUAGCUCUGUCCCUUGGUUUGGUUGGCCUUGUUUUUUCCUGUGAAGAAUGAAAGGGCAAAGGUGAUACCAAAAUGAAACAGCUUUGGAGUGAUAUCUUUAGGAGCCUGGAAGCCAUUUUUGUAAUUUUGUUGUCUAUAUAAAUGCUACCUUUGCCUGGAGGUAGUGUGCCUGUGGCUGUGUACAUCCAGAGGUCAACAGUAAUAGCCAACAACCAGACAAACUAGUGAAGUUAAUCUGUGAGUGAUGAUUUUAUGAUACUUAUGCAAAUUAAAGGCAGAAGUUAGUUUCUUCUCAAGAUGCCUUUUUGGCUGAACAUUACCGUUUUUCUUUCCCCAGGGUUUGAAAGAAAAGGGCCUUUUUUGGAUUUAACUAUAUUCUGUCUGCAUUCUAUUCUUCAUGCGUAGGUUUCUACUAGAACCUGUGGAGGGGGGACACCAAAUUUAGAUUGAGGCAGUCCACGCUGAUAAGAAGCGUGAGGACCUUGUUGGACACAGAGCUUCUAGAUCUUUCCACCUGUAGCCUCUACCCUGUUCCUGCACUUUACCUGAAACUGUGCCUCUGGUCUUUAGACCAGCUGUUGGAACGUAUCACUCACCCACUCCUCUGUUAUAGCAAAGGGCCAGCUGGGAUGGUACAUGCUGUGUAAUCAGACACCUUCUCGACAAGUACAGCUGAUGUUUCUCACUGUUGCCUUACCAUUCUCUGAGCCAUCUUUGAUGUUGAUUUGUAAAAAAACCAAAAAACAAAAAAACAAACAAAAAAAACUUAGUAGCAAAACUCCUGUUAAACUCAGAGCUUGUAUGUGGUGGUCAUUCAACAUCCUUAUUUCUAGAUUUACACAAACUGUACCAACUGUAAUCUUUUUCUGGCACGCGUACGUGGUCAGAUGCUUCAUAAACAUGAGCCAACUUGGGUUGUAAACAUUGGACAUAAUAUACAAAUUGGCGAAUUUUGGAUGACUGCAUAAUCCUGUCAUUAGAGAUUUCAUAAGACAGAAGAAAACUGUUUAUUUGUAAUUUAACACAUUUUUUAAAAAGAUGAUCUUUAAUUUCUUUCCCUCAGUUGUGUAUACAGCUAUACACCAUGCUAACACCAUACUAUGUCAUAGGAACUUAAAGUUAGAUGUAUCUAAAUCCCUUCACUUUUCUAAGACUUCUCUGUGCUCCCACCCCUGAAGUCUUCAAAUCAUUUUUCAUCUGUGAAGUCACUGAGGUACUGGGCUUGACUAUAGUGGUAACAGUUAAGGGGAGUUGAACUAUUGAUCUUCCAAGAAGAAAGGGACCAGACAGUGUUAAGAUGCUGCAGUUGUGUUACUGUGAAGAAAAGAUUCGCUUCCACUUUCAGCAGGCUAUAUAAAUAUAUAUACAUAUAUAUAUAUAUUUUCACUUUGGUAAAAAAAAAUUGAAAAAUCUGAGGAGAACAUAAUUACCUUCACAAAUUAUUUAUAGAUACACUGGGUGAGAAGCUUACUGUAGGGCAGUCACCCAGAAAAAACUAAUUUUAGUGCUUUCAAUAGUGUAAUAUUUGUAUCUAUUACCAUGGCAGCAGUGUCUGCUGCACACUGUGUCCUAUUACUGUAAAUCUCCUGGUUUAUAAUUCUUAUGGAAACUAAUUUGUUUUGUAAUGGAAUCCAGAGCAGAUAUGUAUAAUAUGAUCAGGAUUGUCCUACAGUUGUAAAUAAGAAUAGGUCCUGUUUAUUUUGACAUCUUUUUACAAAUGCAUUGUAUUAGGGUGUGAAUAUUCUGAACCAUCCUCUUGUUUAAAGUUUGGAAAUUUUUAUUGUUAAAUGUAACAUUUUAAUGGUUGUAAUAAUUGUAUAGAUAUGAAUAUAGUAUUUUAUUUAAGAAAAUAAACUUUGCAUUUUUGCAUUAUAAA